UAGUAGAGUGUCGAACGACGCUGAAUGCACGAUUUGAUGGCCACGAUGUUGUGUAUAGAGAAUCCCGUUAAUUUGUUAUCUAGUGUGAGUGGCCUCGAAGGCCAAGUGCACGCGAAACUAACCGAUAGAUAACGAUAAGUAAGAUUUCAUUCCAAAAAAAGCAAAAAGAACCGGAAAGGAUGCUUCCUUGGGCCAAUACUCACCGACAGACGGACACUGCACACCAAACAUACUCCCCAUACAUCCUUACAUAUCACACAUACGGUUGGCAGGAAGCCAGGGAGGGCGUUUAGCGUUUAGCAUAUGAUAGGAUAGGAUGUCGUACUAUCUGUUAGUGGCACGAACACGAUACACGAGCUAACUAUACUGAGCAUACACAACAGCAUACAGCGAGCAUAAUCAAUCCAAAAAAAAAACGUACCCACGGAAAAAGGGGGAAGCAACAGCAACGCACAGGUGCUGCGCGCACAACGCAAAUCGCAGCGAAGAAUUCGGAGUAAAGCGGGCUUCCGGGAUCCACCGGGCUGAAGGAGCGGACGAAAGGAAACACACGGAAAGGUGGCGCACCGGAGAUGUAACGGAACUCUGUAAAUAGCCAUCUCUAGUCGCCCCUUUCCUCGCCACUGUGCGCUUUUCUUUUUCGAUUUUCAUUUCAUUUCCCCUGCCGCAUGGAGACCUUAAGUGGCGGAAUCGAAGGCAACGAGGUACGCGACGCAUUUAAUCGAUCAGAUCCUUUUGUUUGUGAGAUUGAAAUAACUCGACGGAUGGUGGGAUGGUGGUGAAGGUCGCUAGCGAUCGAAGUGUGAUCUUUGGCAGAUCGUUCAUCAUUACUUCAACCAUCGUUGGGAUAUUUUAAUCCAUUUUCUCCGACUUAUUUACUCUGAUAAUUAGCCGCUACUACUGUAAUCUACCGAAACGUUGACCAAAUCAAGGAUCAUCUGUUACAGACCUUUGGCUCCACAUCCCCCAAGGACCACCAGACUAUUGAUACUAUUGGUCCAGAGAUUGAAUUCAAACGGAUCUGCAACCAUUAAUCAAACAGCGAAAAGCAAAACGAAACCGAACGAAAGUUUAACGAUUCCCAACAGUUAACACGGCGUCGCCAAUUGGCAUUAGCAUAGGAUUACGGAUAGAACUUAGCAUUAAUGGGACGAAAACGAAAACAAAACCCCAAAACCGGUAACAUCAAAUCAAAGGUCUAAAAGCUGUAAACGAAACAUUUGUGCGCGAGAGAGAAAUUCAGAACGCGUAGACUGUUUUUUUUUUUUGCGUGAUAGGAAUCGAAUGAUGGCCUAGCGUGUCCAAGAAAACACAAAACUCGCCCACCCCCUGUACAUACACAGUUAACGAAGCGAAAGUGUGCAUAAAGUGUUAAUGCACCCCAAUGCAGGCGCGAGUGGACACGAUUUAGCGAUAUUGUUGGUGUUGUUUGUUACAUGUUCAUGAUCAGCAGUGGCAGCAAAGGGUGUGGUGCAACACUGUUGCACUGUCCGUUUUGUAUAGUUUGUCUCGAUUGUUUCGUUUCAAUCCUGAUAAGAAGCGUGGCGUACUAUACUUGGAAUUGGGUUUUUUUAAGAGAAGAGUCAAAGGGAAGCAACUAGGGCAAACGGUUUCAUGCAGCAGCCUGGUAGAUCCAAAUCCAAUCCAAUGCACACCAAAAAUCGCAACGAAUUGAACAUUGGAUUUGAAGCGAGAGAGAGAGCGAUCCACGGAUGAUCCCGGAGGAGUGCUAGCAACAGCGGACAUAUGAUAGAACGAAGGAAUAGGUGCAACGGUAUGGAUAUGGAUCUAUUUUUGUAAGUAAAAACCACGAGAAAACCACUGGAAAAAUACUCAUUAACCAUUUUGGGGACGCGCCACCCUGCGACGGCUGGUGCACCACCAGGCACCAGGUACGGGAGGGCGCCCCAAACAUGGCGAUAGCAUUAAUGUCCGCGAUGUGCGUGCGCUCAUGGCGCACUAUACCAAUAAGCUUGUCGACAGCACACAUAGCAGCCUUACCUUCCGGUCGACUGACUGUUCCGGUCGGCCAAUUUGCAAUUAGUUAGAGCCCUUUGAAAACCAUGUGUACGUGUGCAUGUGUGUGUAUGUUUGUGUGCGCGUCAAUUGAGGAACUAGAAGCACCUUACAGUAUGGUAACAGUAGCAGUAGUAGCGAUAGUAGCAGCAGAUAUUACUAGUAGCUCGUAGUUGAGGCUAGGUUUGAGUCGGUUUUUUCCAUUUUCACCGCACCGGGCGCCGAGUUGUGGCCACACGCUUGGACGCGCGGUCGUGGGCAAGAAACACAGUUGAAAAGUUAACAGAAAACGAGGGUGGUCGAGGAGAGAUGGAGAGAGGAUGAGAGUGAGUGGCGGCGGCGGUGGUGGGUGGUAGCGAUUAAGGACGUGUAGUUCGUAAGGGGUCAAUCCGCAUCAACACACUCUAAUCGAUUUUCUCUCGCGCCGCCUCACACGAGAGAUCUUUAUUAUCUGUAAUCUGUAGUCCCUCCCCAAUCCCCCCUCCACUCUCCUUUAUGGGCAGAGUAAGUGCAAUGUCUCCGGGUCUCUGGAGUAGUAACGUAAGGUAAAAGCAUAAAACAUAACGGGCAAACAACGGGGAACAGUCCUGCGCAUCGAGCAGCGGAGGAUUAAUCUUAGAUAACUAUUUAUGUACGCUGAUAAGAGGAGCACACAGCCUCCAACCACACCCAUCCCCCUCCCUUUUUCCUUCCCACGUAUUAACGAAUUGUUGCAAGCAAGCAAGCAAGCAAGCGAAACGCUGAUUAACACGCAUUAAACACAAGCUGUAUAUAAACGAUAAAUAAACAAUUUAAAAGAGAAUUCCAAAUAAACUUUGC